UGCAUCAGGUGUGGGCUCUGCAGCAACAAGACAUUUGCAUACCUUUGAUAUGUUUGCCCUGCUCUGAAGUGCAGCAAGGAGAAAGAGGCCCUUGGGCACCGAUUGAGAGGGAUUCAUGUUCUGCUUGGCAAUCAUUAAUUGUCCCACUAAAUGAUGCAAGACGAUGGCAGCACAAUUAUGACAACUAAAUCCUGCCAGGACUGGUGCUAACAGGUUCUGUAUGGAAAAAGGGUGUGUUAUUUGGGGUUUCAUUUUGUAUAGCAUAUUGGAAUGAAGUUCCUUUGGGAAGGCCAUGGAUCCUUGAGUAUGAGGCUCUAGGCUCAUCCCAUGUCAGAGCAGGAAUUCAGAGUGCAGGUGUAUCUCAAGAAUCCCUAAAAGUUAAAGGUUUUCUUGCCUUGCCAGCAUGAAGCAAAUAGCUUUUUGGAAUACUUUGGAAUAUACUUGCCGGCUGCUGGGGAUCUCCACUGGAGCAGUGCUCAUUGGUGUGGGCACAGACACAUUGCUGCAGGGGCAGUUCAAGAGCCUGGCUAUAUACCUGCUUAUUUCAGGGACGGCUGUGUUUGUGUGUGAAGUCACAUACUUUGCCAGUCUGCUCUUGGCCACCUGCACCACCCCCAAGAUGGCAACCAUGAUGCAGACUUGUUGGAAGCAAGCCAGACAUCGGGGGGCCUUCCAGAAGUUCCUGGCAUAUGUGCUGCUCUCAGUAGCCUGCUUCCUUCACCCUGUAAUUGUAUGGCAUGUCACUAUCCCAGGCACGAUGCUGGUGCUCACUGGUUUUGCCUAUUUCCUGCUCAGCAAGCAACAGAAAGAAACUAAAGCACUUGGACAAGACCAAUACAGUGAUUGCCAAAGUGCAGCUGUGAUGGGUGCAGGUGACACUCGGCAAACAUACAGGGGAGCACCCAGAGGGCAACACAACUCCAUUCUGGGAUAUCUGAGGAGCUUCUUUAAAAGCUGCAGGAAAGAGGAUGCUCAUAGGGCCUCUUCUAGCAUACUGCCUACAAGGAGGCAGGUGCACUUUGAAGAGAAGGCAGUGAAUAUUAUCCCCUCUUUCAAAGAAAACCCAGAAGAGCAUGAGAGCUUGGCUGAGGAAAGCGCAUCUGACACGUCUCCCAUCCUUGUGCCCCAGCUGUGACAGCCUGCAGCAGAGAGAGCAACAGCAAGAAUAGGCUCUUCCUGCAGGAUUAGAUGUGUUUCUCUGUGAUUCCAGUGUUCCAGAGACAGGUGGAUGCAACUUAUAGAAUAAACCUUCCAGCUUUGGUUUGGGCCAAUGAUGGCAGCCAAGAAUUUCCAUUGGUUGCAGCUGGUGGACAGGGAUGAAUUUCCCAGAGCAUACCUAUCCUGUUCUCUGGAGGUCCACGUUUCACCAUCUUGACUGAAGCGAUUCAACUGAUUUUUCUUCCUCCUGGUUGUCAGCUCUUCAGUUCCUAUGAUAAUAAUUAACAGUUCUUUUUUUUUAUCAUUAAUUUUUAUUCAAAUUUUCAAAGACGAAAAAACAAAACAAAACAAAAACAAUUAAACAAUAAAAUAAAA